AUGUCGUCGACGCUUCGGCGCUUUCGACAGAUAUGCAGUCGAACGUGGAAAACCUCUAAUCUAAGGCGUAUCAUGUCUUAUGCUAUGAUGCCUGCUCCGAAUCUGAGCGAAAAACGACACGGCGGGAACGUCGUGGCGAGCGUUUUGAAGGCGAAUGCUGUUGAUUCCAUCUUUGUGCUCUCCGGCGGACAUGUCUCACCAAUAUUUGUCGGCUGCGAAGAACUCGGAAUACGCGUGAUCGACACACGAAAUGAGUCAAAUGCAGUGUUUGCAGCCGAUGCGAAUGCUCGACUAACCGGCGGCAUCGGGGUAGCUGUUGUUACUGCUGGCCCGGGUGUUACCAACACGGUUACAGCGCUGAAAAACGCUCAAAUGGCGGGAAGCCCCGUUCUACUUCUCGGUGGCGCUGCGGCGACUUUGCUGAAGGGGAGAGGGGCCCUUCAAGACAUCGAGCAACUGGAUGUUCUGAGAACUGUGUGCAAGGAAACGUUUACUGUCUCCACUGUGCGCGACAUUGUACCAACACUACACAGUGCGAUUGAAUGCGCGAUUUCUGGCAAUCCUGGACCGGUGUUCGUUGAAUUGCCGAUCGACACUCUUUACCCGAUGGAGAUGGCACAAAGUGAGCUAAACCCGCCUACUGGUAAUACUGCAGGAGCGAAAGUUGUGAAACUUUUUCUGGACGCUUACAUUCACAAUCUCUUCACGCGAGGAUUCGACAACUCAGCUUCGAUGAUUACUCCGAGAGCUCUUCCAAUUUCAGAAGGGGCCGUAGAGGAUGCGAAGUCGUUACUCCUCCAAGCUAAACGGCCUGUCUUCGUUCUUCAAUCACAGACAGUUCUUCAACCGUCAAAGCUUCAUCAUCUCGCUGAUCUUCUUGAGAAGACCGGCGCUCCAGUUUUUCUCGGAGGAAUGGCCAGAGGAUUAUUAGGUGGCGAAUCUACUGUUCAAUGUCGACACGCACGUGGAAAUGCUCUGAAAGAAGCCGAUGUAAUCUUUUUGUGCGGAGUUCCACCCGAUUUUCGUCUUAAUUACGGCAGAAACCUCCCAAAAUCUGCGAAAAUCGUCACAAUAAAUCGUGACCCUGACGCGUUAAAGCAGAACACUGAUCUUUUCUGGAAGCCGAAGAUGGCUGUUAACGCGGACCCAGCUGAUUUCAUGAUUGCUCUCCUUGAGAAAUGUCCAUCUAAUGUCGCACCAGAGUGGCUUGAGACAUGCAAAAAUCGAGACGAUGAUCGUGACGAAGAAAUAGCUGAGAAAGCGUCAUCACCCGCGACUGAUGGAAUUAAUCCAAUUCAUUUGUUUAGGGAGCUUGACUCUAUUCUGCCAGACGAUACCAUCCUUAUCGCCGAUGGUGGUGACUUUGUUGGUACUGGUAGCUACAUCUUACGUCCUAGAGCUCCUCUUAGCUGGCUUGACCCAGGUGCUUACGGUACACUCGGUGUUGGAGGUGGAUUCGCACUUGGUGCGGCGGCGGCUUUUCCUGAUCGUCCAGUUCUUAUUGUCUACGGUGAUGGGUCCUGCGGGUAUUCCUUGAUUGAGGUGGAUUCGAUCAAACGACUUGGCUUCGAUAAUAUCCACUGUAUUAUUGGCAACGAUGGCCGAUGGAAUCAAAUCCUUCGCGCUCAGGAACAAUUACUCGGUUCUCCAGUUGCUAACAUGCUCGAGCGAUCGGAAUAUGAAAAAAUUGCCCAUGCGUUUGGAGCAGAUGGGAUCAAACUUGGGCCGGAGGACAAGGAUCUAGCUCUAACUUUCUCAAAAAUUUUGAAGUCAGGCAAACCGACGGUUAUCAACGCGCUCCUUGGGUCGACCGAUUUCAGAGAUGGCUCAAUAUCAGUGUAA